AAUUUGUUUUUGCAAGUUGCACCGCAGUCUUCACAGUCUGAACCAAACUCUGUGCUGUGACUUCUGCAAGCGAACCAACACGCGACGCUGCAUUUCCCGAAGAAAGCACGUCGUCGUGACUGAAAUAAGUCUCAGGUAUCAAGCUCCACGUCUGAUUUCUCAGCGGGGGACAUAACCAGCUCGUGAUGUUUAACCCACACAUGCAUCAUCACCAGCAGCAGCAGCAGCAGCAGCUGCAGCAGCACCUGCGGCAGCUGCAGCAACUUUUCCAGCAGCAGCAGUCGCCGCAGCAGCAGCAGCAGCAGCAGCCCCACCAGCAGCCCCACCAUGUCCCGCACCACCACCAGCCGCAGCGGUCCAUGCCUGUUCCUCCUCAAACCGCUCCUUCCCCUCGGAUGGUCAACCUGUGCCAGGCAACCCAAACAACCAUCAUCGGACCCAAUCCGAUGCUGCAGGGCGCUCUACUGAUGCAGCAGAUGCAGGGCAGCAUGCGGGGCUUUGGGAUGGGUGGGCAGCAGUUCCGACAGUUCUUUGCUGCAGGGACCAGGUCGUCCCUGCUUGGGCCCGUUCCCAUGGGCAUGAACAUGAAGUCCUCCAUGAGGGGUUACUCAGCUGCACGACCCUACAACCCACAUGCUCGCUACUUCAACACCACCGCAGCCUCCUCCUCCUCCUCCAUCUCUACCACAGACACGACGGCUCGUAUCCCAGACAGAAAGAGGGACAAUGAGCAGAUGGCAACAGGAAGCACAGAAGAUCAACCAGCAGCAGCAGCCAGCGGCACUAAUGAAGAUGGUGACAAGACUCAAACUGAUGGUGAUGUAGGAAGAGUGGAUGAGCAGAUCUCUGAACAACUUGAAGAGCCUGCAGUGAAGAGGCAGAAGACCGAAGGGUCAGAGAACCCCGAUGAACAGUGUGUUGUUGAGACUGAAACUACUGCCGCUCCAGAGUGCAACAGCAGCCCUGAGGAUAUCCCACCUGAAGCCUGUAGCAUUCAGGAGGAUGAAGGCUCCAGCAGGGAUUGGGAUGUUGUUGAAGAAGUGGAGGAAACCAGGGGUGAUCAGGCUUACAGUUGUUUACCAUCCCAGUCACCCCAUGGUGAAGAGGACCAGCAGGUAGAUUUACUAGCAGAGGAGACGCCACAGCCCAAAGAUGCCUCUUUGGCUUCAACAGAGCCUCAGGAAGAGGAAGAGGAAAGUGUAGCAGAGGGUUCAAACCGGUUCUACUGCUACCUUUGUAGCACCACAUGCUACAACCAGCAAAACUUCAGAAGUCACAUGAACAGCAUGUCUCACCAGCAGCGGAUGAUGGAAAUCCAAUACAUGAGCAACGCUUGCCUAGUGACCCUGCUGCCACGAAUACAGGAGUCUCUUCAAGAGCCAAGCAAAGAUGGAGAGAAAAAAGCAGACUCGAAGUGCUGGUGUGCUACAUGUAACACUCACUUUACCUGUAGCGUCAUGGACCACCGUCGCUCAGAAGAGCAUAAACUUGCUAGUUUAACAGAUGUUUCAUCCUGUACCAUCUGCAAGAAACGCUUCAAGACCUCACAGAAUUUUUUGCAGCACUUGCAAUCUCAUGAGCACAGACAGAAGCUUCAGGAGAAAGGCAGCGGAGCCUUGGCCAAACUGACUGCCAUGGACACAGAUGGCUUUUCAUUAGAGGAGGAAGAGGAUGGGGGUGAGGAGGAAGGAGAGGACAGGCAGAGGAGUGAAGGAGACCAAGGACAGACACAGGAUGGCUGGGCUUCCAUUAAAGAAGUGACUCUAAAUGACAUGGCCAGUGAUGAGCAGUAUGACCCUGAAACCAACUAUGGAUCCAGCUUUUUAGUUCCAGUAGCAGGUUUCAUCUGCACACUCUGCAACAAGUUUUACCACUUUGAUUCUUCUGCUUUGCACACUCACUGCAAAUCACUGAAGCACUUUGAGAAACUCAGAGGGUUGGCGAGUCAAAAAGUAGAAGCCGCUCAGUCGUCAGAAGCCGCUCAGUCGUCAGAAGCCGCUCAGUCGUCAGAAGCCGCUCAGUCGUCAGAAGCCGCUCAGUCGUCAGAAGCCGCUCAGACGUCAGAAGCCGCUCAGACGUCAGAAGCCGCUCAGACGUCAGAAGCCGUUCAGUCGUCAAAGUCCAUUGUACCAUCAGAUAGCUUAAGGUCUGCAGCAGCAAUUCUGACAGACUCUUCAAGUGAAGAUUUGCUCUCCGUUGGCACUGGUGUAGCUGCUGACCUAAACUCCAUGCAGCCCACGGUAACAGACACCGGACUGGAAACCCUGAAAGAAAACGAGCUGGAAGAGAACAGAGAGGAAACUGACCUUACCUCGCAGGACUUGACCAUCUCAGCAAUCAGCUCUGGCAACCUAAAUGAAGACAUCAGCCUUGAUCACAAGGAGGAAGACAACGAAUCCAGCACAUCUACAGCUCAAGAGACUCCAGUUGAGAGCAGAGAGGAGGCAGACUCAGGGCCAACAGCAACUAAUGAGGAUUCCAAUGAAGACGAGCAGGAGAAAGACACUCCUGCCGGCCAAGGGAAAAGAAAGCCUAAAACCCCAGCCAAACGCAGGUCGGGUAGGUUCACAAACAAACGCUGAGUUAAAGAGAUAAUGCGGAAAAGAAACCACAUCAGAGGUGCUUUAAUGGAACUGAGACCAAGAAGUUAACAGCUCAUCCUCUCUUCAUGAUGAAAUGUGAGAACUGCAGUAAAUGGGAAGACUGGCAGGUGAAUCAUAGUAGAACAGACUUCUCAUAGGAAGGUCAGACAUUGACAGCUGGAAAUGAACAUUAAUCACUGUAAGUAAGGCUCUCUGUUUUGGCUCUCAGAGCAAAAUGUUUACUUGUGUAGGGCAUCCUCAUAAUUAGAAAAUAGCAAUCAAAACUUGAUUUAUAAAAAUAAUUUCCAUGUCGGUCUCCUUAGUCACAACUGCAAUGUUAUCACCCAGGUUACAAAUGCAUUUCUUAAAUGAAGAAAAGAUUAUUGUGGUGAAUGACCACUUGAAAACAAUUACUCAGUCAUAUUGUUGUGUCAGUUACUUAAAACAAUUUACGUAUGUAGGUUUGUAUGCCCAUUGGGGAUAAAUAAAAAAUAAAAAAAAUUGUGUUUCAAUUUUCCUUUUAAACUACUGAGGUAACAGCAAAAAGGUCAUCGUCUUUGAUAAACUUUUUUAUGCGGGGAAUGGAAGUUUGAUUUGAGGUAUUCUACCAAAGUCAUUGGUGUUGGUUCUGGUCCAUAUAAAAUGGUUAGAACUUUUUUCUAAGCUGCCAUUUAACCCAAAGCACCACAGUCCUGAAGGGGUGGGGGGGGUUCAGGCCCAUAGUAUUGAUAAAUAUAGCAUCUGCAGAAAUGGUAAGACAGUGCAGUUUGGUUUGAAAUGACACGUUACUUCCUUCUCCAUCGGUGUGUUCUGGAAAUAUUUCAUCCACCCUGUUUUUAGAGGAUAUUUAAAACCACAAAAGACUGGCAUGUAGCAACUCAUGUAGUCAUGGCAAUGAAUCUAGAGUUGUGUGGAAAAGUGUUUGCCCCCUUCCUGAUUUCUUAUUUUUUUGCAUGUUUGUCGCACUUAAAUGUUUCGAAUCAUCAAACAAAUUUAAAUAUUAGGCAAGAUAACACAAGUAAACACAAAAUGCAGUCUUUAAAUGAAGGUUUUUAAUAUUAUGGGGAAAGAAAAGUCCAAACCUACACAGCCCUGUGUAAAAAAAAGUUAAUGCCCCCUAAACCUAAUAACUGUUUGGGACACCCUUAGCAGCAACAACUGCAAUCAAGCGUUUGCGAUAACUGGCAGUCUUUUACAGUGCUGUGGAGGACGAAUUUUGGACCACUCAUCUUUGCAGAAUUGUUGUAAUUCAGCCACAUUGGAUGGUUUUCGAGCAUGAACUGCCUUUUUAAGGUCAUGCCACAGCAUCUCAAUCAGAUUCAGGUCAGGACUUUGACUAGGCCACUCCAAAGUUUUUGUUUUUCUUAAGCCAUUCAGAGGUGGACUUGCUGGUGUGUUUUGGAUCAUUGUCCUGCUGCAGAACCCAAGUGCGCUUCAGCUUGAGGUCACGAACAGAUGGCCGGACAUUCUCCUUCAGGAAUCUUUGGUAUACCAGCAGCACCAUAUUUUACCGUUGGUAUGAUGUUCCUUUUCUGAAAUGUUACUUUUGCGCCAGAUGUAAGGGGACAUACACCUUCCAAAAAAGUUAAACUUUUGUCUCGUCAGUCCACAGAGUAUUUCCCCAAAAGUCUUGGCGAUCAUCACAAUGUUUUUUGGCAAAACUGAGACGAGGCUUUAUGUUCUUUUUGCUCAGCAAUGGUUUUCGUCUUGGAACUCUGCCAUGUAGGCCAUUUUUGCCCCGUCUCUUUCUUAUGGUGGAGUCAUGAACAAUGACCUUAAUUGAGGCAGGUGAGGCCUGCAGGUCUUUGGAUGUUGUUCUGGGGUCUUUUGUGACCACUUGGAUGAGUCGUUGCUGCGCUCUUGGGGUUAUUCUGGUCGGCCGGCCUCCUGGGAAGGUUCACCACUGUUCCAUGUUUUCUCCAUUUGUGGAUAAUGGCUCUCACUGUGGUUCGCUGGAUUCCCAAAGCUUUAGAAAUGGCUUUGUAACCUUUUCCACACUGAUAAAUCUCAAUUUCUUUGUUUCUCAUUUGUUCCUGAAUGUCUUUGGAUCGCAGCAUGAUGUGUAGCUUUUGAGGAUCUUUUGGUCUACUUCACUUUGUCAGGCAGGUCCUAUUUAAGUGAUUUCUUGAUUGAGAACCAGUGUGGCAGUAAUCAGGCCUGGGUGUGGCUAGAGAAAUUAAACUCAACUUUCCAAAGAUACAUACAGAAGGGAGUAGAUCAUUUGGUGAGCUGGAGCACUGGGAGUAACCUGGAUCUGAAUGUCAACAAGACCAUAGAGGUCAUCAUGGACCCCAGAAAGAAUUAGCCUACACACACACCCCUCUCUUCAUAGGUGGAGCUGCUGUGGAGAUCACUCAAAGUACAAAGUUUCUGGAGGUUCAUAUUUCCAGUGACUGGUCACUGGAAUACAGCCUCACUGUCAAAGAAAGAGGCUGCACUUCCUAUGUCGGCUGAGGAGAGCUCACCUACCACCGCCCAUCCUCACCACCUUCUAUACACGAUCGAGAGCAUACUGACCAACUGCAUCUCCAUCUGGCAUGAAAACUGUACGUCAGCCAAUCGAAAAGCCCUGCAGAGAGUAGUGGAUGCUGCAGCCAAAGUCACCAGCACUUCCCUCACAUCCAUCGAGGACAUUGCACACAG